CUGGGGCCAAAACUGAAACAUGUGGUUCGCAGAAUCGCAGCCACCACGAUUGCUCUCUGAGCAAGCCACCGCCGUCCGCCGUUCACAAUUAAGUUUGAAAAGGGCAGUUUAACAGAGUUUCACCUUCCAAUCAAAACGGAGCUACCCUCGAAUCUUCCCUCUCCUCCGUCCCUACCAAAAAUCUGACCCGAAUUGCCGCUCUUUCCACCACCACACAACGAGUUCCGACAAUCGCCUUGGAAAUUUUACACGCAAAGGCUACUACUGGACCAGUGACCAUCUCGCUAAAUACUUCGCCCCAGAUUAUCAGAGAGGUACCCUCAUUCUCCUCCCCUGUAAUUUCCCAUCUUCACCAGCUUCCUCUGACCUUUGUGUUCGUCGGUGCCGACGAUUGAUAGAUUGGGGAGGGCGGGAAAGGGGAACAAGUGAACCAAAAGCGGGGGAGAAAAUGAUAGCUUUGAACUCGCAUUGUUUGCUGAUCGAUCACCAGAGCACCAGUUGCUCGGCUCGUCAUUUCCCGCUCGCUUACUUUUCCACGAUCUCUUCUUCGUCUUCCCGCCCGACACCCGGUGUUCACAGGCGAGUUGCCUCGUCCAAAUCUUCGGCCCCCUCGGCGAUUCGGGCGCCGGAGAUCCGGAGGCCGACGGAUCGGUGCGGCACGGGAAAUGGGUUGGUCUCUGAACGUGGGAAUUCGCCUUCCACGUCGACCUUUUACACCUCCGCUGCUGACAUUACUGAGUUGGGCAUGUUUCUUGAAUUGGUGCCGUCGAGGAUGAGGAGGGCGCUGUCCGAGCACAGAGAGAUCGGGCAGUUGAUCGAAGUGGUGAUGGACUUGGGGAGGAACCCUCUGGCUAGGUUCCCGUCGGGAGAUUGGGCUAUUUCGGAUGAGCCUGUGAAGCCUGAGGAUCUGAAGCAUGCAGUGUCAAAGGUUGGUGAGUUUUCGGAUGACAACCGAUCGGGAAUAGACAGUUCUUUGCAUCGUAUAAGUGCCAUCAGAAACCGUAAAAUGCAAAUUAUAGGCCUUACAUGUCGGGUGGGGAGAGCUGUUAACGGAAGUGCUGAAAUAAUCCGCGAUUUGAUUGAGGGUGGAGGUUCCAUCUUGGUCAUUGGUCCCCCUGGAGUUGGAAAAACCACGUUAAUCAGAGAAAUUGCUAGAAUGUUGGCAGAUGAUCAGGGGAAGCGCGUGAUUAUAGUGGAUACAUCCAAUGAAAUUGGGGGUGAUGGAGAUGUUCCUCAUUCUGGAAUAGGUCGAGCGAGGAGGAUGCAGGUCCCUAAUGUCCAUUUGCAGCAUAAUGUUAUGAUUGAAGCUGUGGAAAAUCAUAUGCCCCAGACCAUCAUAAUUGACGAGAUUGGAACGGAGCUUGAAGCCUUAGCUGCAAGCACCAUUGCUCAGCGUGGUGUUCAGUUAGUUGGAACAGCUCAUGGAAUGACCAUAGACAAUAUAAUCAAGAAUCCUUCUCUGCAACUUCUUGUGGGUGGCAUAGAGAGUGUAACUCUUGGAGAUGAAGAAGCAAGGAAAAGGAAAGUUCAGAAGACAAUUCUGGAGAGAAAAGGGCCUGCAACUUUUACAUGUGCUGUUGAAAUGAUAACCCGAACUGAGUGCCGUGUCCACCAUAGGUUAGAUGCAACUGUUGAUGCUCUACUAGCAGGGAAAAAUCCUCUCUUUGAAAUUCGUCGGAUGGAAACUCAGGAAGAUGGCUCAGUGGAUUCCACUCCCAUUGAAGCUCAGAGCCCUGUGGAGGCUCCAGAGGUCAUCCCGGUUAAUGAAGAUAGAGAGUAUAAUGGAACGCCUGAUGAGGAAGACACGGAUUAUCUUCCAUCUGAAUCAAAGAGUUGGAAAAACAGUGGAUCCGUAAUCAGGAAGAUUGCACCAGUCUGUGUCUACACUUACAAGAUCCUAGAAGACGAUCUCUUACAAGUUGCAAAAGUUAUGGGAGUUGAAGAUGAGAUAGAUGUGACUGAUGACAUUGGAGCAGCUGAUGCUAUUUUAGUUUCCAGUUACGAAAUGAAGCAGAAUCCAUGGAUUCGUAGUAUUGCUAAGUUCCAUCAACUGCCCAUCUUUGUCAUAAAGUCAAAUACAAUGGCACAAAUGGUAAAGGCUGUUCGCACAGUUCUUGGGAUGGAGUCGUUGACAGGUGGUUUACCUGAGCAGCCCCUCGAGAACAUGUUUGACAUAGAGAUCGAAGAUGAUGCACCAAAAAGAAAGCCCACCUUGGAAGAAAUUGAUGCUUUGGAGGAGGUUAGACUGGCGAUAGAGUACAUUGUCAUCCCAGGAGGAGAACCGGUGGAGCUUCUCCCCAGGCGGUCUGAAAUAGUUGCCCGGCAGCUGGAGCUUGUGGAAAGCUAUCAGUUGGCAGCAGAAAACUCAGGGACAGAUGCCAACCCUAGACUGCAGAUUCUUCCUCUAAGAACAAGCAAGAAAGCUUCUUCUUCUUCUAAGCCCUUGAAAUCUAGUGCGACCUCACAGAAAGAAACAGGUCUAACCAGCAGCAAUGGAGGUACCAGUGUCAGCAGGCUGCCAUUACUGCCGGAGUAACAGUGCUGCUGCCCACAAAUUUGGGGAGCUCCAUUCUCCCCAAUCUCCAGCCAUGUUCCAACAAGUUCAUUGUAAGUUUUAACUAACCAAAAUAAAAUAAAAUAAAAAAAAAAGUCUUGUACAUUAUUAUUAUGUAAUAAGCACUGAUGAUAAAGUUGUUGUAACAAUAUCAUCACGGCUGUAAGAAUGUAAUCUAAUUUUUUUUAAUGAACUGUACAAAUGUAAUAUAAUGUUUAAUAUCAUAAUCAACUGUACAAGUUGUUGUAAAAAUAUCCCAUAUUAGUAUUUCGGGUUUUUUUCAAGAUAAGGCAAAAAGAAACCCAUUACAAGAUCGACGACAA